ACUCUGAGCAGUACCAAAACCAUCAACAAUUUUCUAAAUUGAAUAUCCUUUUCUUCUUUCUUCAUCUUCGACUUUAGCUUCCCCCAAAUUUAUAUAUAUAUAUAUAUAUUUUUUUUUCAGAUUCCUAAUCCAUUUCUACAUUUCUGCAACCAAAUUCUUGCAGGUACUAGAUCCAUCUCUCCCUGCUUCUUUUCUUAUUCUCUUCGAAUUAAUGCAUGUAUCUGUGUAUGUGUAUGCCCGCGCGUGUCUAUUGUAAUUGAUGAAAAACCAUUGGAUGAGGAAAAGGGAGUAAAAUAACUUGCUUAUUGUUUGAUGGGCAACACUUGCCGUGGAUCUUUCAAGGGGAAGAUUUACCAGGGCUACAAUCAGCCCGAAGAGAAUUCCACUUGUACCUCUACUUCCAAACGCAACGGCUCCUCUGAUCGUUCAAGUACUGACCAUUCCCCUUCUACCUUGAAUGCCCAACAGCUUAUUGCCCAAGAAUUCUCCAAGGAAAAUCCCAACAAGGAUAAUAAUUUGCCCCUCGUCAGUCCCAGGAAAGAGGCCGUCAUGAGACGCGGUGUUGAUAACCAAGCUUAUUAUGUUCUUGGUCAUAGGACUGCUAAUAUUCGUGAUCUUUACACCUUAGGCCGUAAAUUAGGACAAGGACAAUUUGGAACUACGUAUUUAUGUACUGAGAUUUCAACGGGCAUUGAGUAUGCUUGUAAGUCUAUAUCCAAGAGGAAGUUAAUCUCCAAGGAGGAUGUGGAUGACGUCCGGAGGGAGAUUCAGAUAAUGCAUCAUUUGGCAGGUCACAAGAACAUUGUCACAAUAAAGGGUGCCUACGAGGAUCCUCUCUAUGUUCACAUUGUCAUGGAGCUCUGUGCAGGAGGUGAGCUGUUUGAUCGGAUCAUUCAGCGGGGGCAUUACACAGAAAGGAAAGCAGCUGAGUUGACAAGAAUUAUCGUUGGGGUUGUUGAGGCUUGCCACUCACUUGGGGUCAUGCAUAGAGAUUUGAAGCCUGAGAAUUUCUUGUUGGUUAACAAGGAUGAUGAUUUCUCGCUCAAAGCCAUUGAUUUUGGCCUUUCUGUCUUCUUCAAACCAGGUCAAGUUUUCACUGAUGUGGUUGGAAGUCCAUAUUACGUUGCACCAGAAGUUCUUCUUAAGCAUUAUGGGCCAGAAGCAGAUGUAUGGACUGCAGGGGUCAUCUUGUAUAUAUUGCUUAGUGGAGUGCCACCAUUUUGGGCAGAAACUCAGCAGGGAAUAUUUGACGCGGUGUUGAAGGGACAUAUUGAUUUUGAGUCAGAUCCAUGGCCCUUAAUAUCUGAGAGUGCAAAAGACCUCAUCCGAAGGAUGUUAUGCUCCCGGCCUUCAGAGCGGCUGACUGCUCAUGAAGUAUUAUGUCAUCCAUGGAUUUGUGAAAAUGGAGUUGCACCAGAUAGAGCACUGGAUCCUGCUGUACUUUCACGUCUCAAACAGUUCUCUGCAAUGAAUAAAUUGAAGAAGAUGGCUUUACGGGUGAUAGCUGAAAGUCUUUCUGAGGAGGAGAUUGCUGGUUUGAGGGAAAUGUUCACGGCAAUGGAUACUGAUAAUAGUGGUGCAAUAACAUUUGAUGAACUCAAAGCUGGUUUGCGAAGAUAUGGCUCUACAAUGAAAGAUACAGAGAUACGUGACCUUAUGGAUGCGGCUGACGUAGACAACAGUGGAACCAUAGAUUAUGGUGAAUUUAUCGCUGCAACGGUUCAUCUUAACAAAUUAGAACGUGAGGAGCAUCUUGUUGCAGCAUUCCAAUACUUUGACAAGGAUGGAAGUGGUUACAUUACAGUUGAUGAGCUUCAGCAAGCAUGUACUGAACAUAACAUGACGGAUGUUUUUCUUGAAGAUAUAAUCAGAGAAGUUGAUCAAGAUAAUGAUGGAAGGAUUGACUAUGGUGAAUUUGUUGCCAUGAUGCAAAAAGGCAAUGCUGGAAUUGGUAGACGAACAAUGAGAAACAGCCUGAAUAUGAGCAUGAGAGAUGCACCUGGCUCUCAUUAGCUUACCAUUAUGCACAUCAUGUACAGGAAGCAUGGCUAAGUGAAAUGAUCAACGCCAAAAUGUCGGAGACAGUUUUGGUUUCCCAAGCUCUGGAACGUUGUGAGUUGAAGAUCCUGUUUGAGGAGGAUCUUUAAUGAAAUCUGGUCAGAUAAAUGUUUAAUUGCUGUAUGACUGAAGAAAAGUGAUUGUAACCUUUGAUAGGAGUUGGAAGUGGCUAAGUUAUUGGAGGUCUUUUUAUUGAAUGCUUUUUGUGUCAAUCUUUUGAAGAAUUAGCACAGAUGCUACUACUGUGUCUUACAAGUUUCAGACUCUGCUCAGAACAGUAGGAUGUGAAGUUUUGUUAUCUGCCUUUUUGCCUUUCAGGUUUUUCUCUUGGGCAAAUUGAGAGGCUUGCUUGUCUAACCAAUCAAAACCCUUUUGGUAGGCAGCAAUUCAAGACUUCCCAUUUUUUGCCCAACAGAAGACUAAGACUUUUCUAAUUUGUUGUUUUGUGUAUACUAAUUUCAACAACAUAAAUUAUUCCCACCACAUUAUUAUGUUCUUUCAGAGGAUCCCAAAACCUGGAAAAGCAUUUUCAAGGUUCCCA